AUGUUUUUCCUCAGCAAAUUAGAGCACACUCUGAGGUUGCCCCCACAUCUCCUCAACCUAUCCAUCGACAAGGCCAUUAGAAGAGAGCUCGAGUCUCUCUUCUUAGACAAGGUUAUUCAAAAUCUAGGGUUGUGCAUUAGCGUGUACGAUAUUCAAUCCAUCAAAGGUGGUUUUCUAUUUCCCAGUAAUGGCGCCUCCACUCACAUGGUGGUAUUCAGGCUAGUAAUGUUUCGGCCGUUUGUGGGAGAGGUUAUAUCUGCUCGACUUAUGGAAUCGACAAAGGAUGGUUUACGAUUGUCACUUGGAUUUUUUGAGGACAUGUAUGUACAUGUCCCUUGCCUGAAAAGUCACAAUCACUCUGAACUCGAGCCAACCAUUAAUGGUGGUGUUAAAUGGGUUUUGGAAUACGAGGGAGAAAACUAUCCGAUAGAUGGGGAAGAUGAGAUUAGGUUUAAAGUUCUCAAUGUGAGUUAUCCGCCUAUACCUUUAGAUCAUGGAGGGCGAACGAAAAUGAUACAGAGCAGAAAGUUGUGA